AUGAGUGAGCUAGUAACGCGGAAGAUCGGCGGAGGUUCAGGGGUCAAGGACGGGGGUUUAGCGGGGAAGAAUGUGAACGGUAAGGGCAAAGGCGCAGCUAAUGCACCAUCAGUAGCGGUGGCGGCAGCGGCAGCAGCGGCGGCGGCAGCGAUUUCACAGAAGCGGAAAUUACCGUCGUGGGCGGAGGGGAAGGGGCCGGGGGCAGCGGUGGUGAAGGGCGCGGACCAGAUGGUUGCGAACCACGGCCACUCUCGCGACUUCUCCUUCCGCCGCGACGUGCAAGCAACAUCACUCUUCCGUUCCAUACCAGUGCUCGCACAAGACAUAUACGCGCGCUUCCCUGGGAAGGUGGUGUACCGCCGUGAGCGCAACGGCGUGGAGGCAGCAGCGAAAGAGCUCUACGCAGCUGUGAAGAACGGGGCCAGCAGCAGUGGCAAGGUAGCGGUGGGGCUGGACUGCGAAUGGAAACCCACGUGGGGGAAAGGCCCGGAGAAUCCCUGUGCGCUGCUGCAACUCUGUGCCAACGCGGACGUCUGCUAUCUCUUUCAUCUCAAGUUCACCGGUGUUCCCGAGACUCUUAGGGCGUUGCUCAAGGAUGCUAGCGUCGUCAAGACAGGUGUAGGUGUGACAGAGGACGGCCGCAAGCUGAGAAAAGACUUUGGUGUCGAGGUGAAUGGGCUGGUGGAUUGCUCACCACUCGCCCAGGAGAAGGCUGUGGUGCCGGAUGGAGGGCAGAUGGUGGGACUCAAGACUCUCACCCGCCUGGUGCUGCAGAAAGAGCUCGCCAAGCCAAAACGAGUUCAGUGCAGCAACUGGGAGGGCUUUCCCCUUACUGACGCCCAGCUGAUCUACGCGUCAACAGACGCGUUUGUGUCGCUGAGAAUCUUCCAGGAACUUGAUGCCAUGCCGGACCCGUGGCAGCAAGGGAACGGACAUGUGUCGGCAGCAGUGGCAGAAUCUGCUGUGGCUCUAUCGGUGGCAGCUGCUGCUGCAGCAGCAUCAGGAGGAGGAAGAGACGAGGAUGACAAAGCGGGGAGGAAGGAGAAGGGGAAUAACGAGAAGGUAGGAAAGCAGGAGGUGACGGAGGGGGAGGAAAAGAAGGGGAACGAGGGAAAGAAGAGCAAGAAUGGGAAGGAGGGGCAAGCAGAUGUGGAAGCAAAGACGGGGAAGAAGAGCAAGAGGAAGCAGGACGCACCUGAGGAGGGCAAGAGGGCAGCAAGAGCAGAUGCUGGUGAAAGCAAAGCAGCAGAGACAGACGGACCGAGAAAGAAGAGAAGAAAGCAAGGGAGCACGGGAGAAGGCAAGGAUGAAGGUGGGAGCAGCAGCAGCAAGGUGGGGAGCUUGAAAGAAGCUGCUGCUGACACAGCGAGCAGGUGGAUGGAGCUGAUUAAAAAGGCCACCACACGACAAAAGUAG